UGCACGCUGUCUGCAGGGGCCUCUCCUCAGCUUAUCUUCCUUCAUGCAGUGAGCGAGAAAAAGUCCGCAGCCAGUGCCAUGGAUGAGACAAAGUAUAUUGACAGAGGCGGCAAAGAAGAUGACGAUUACGAAACAACCAUUAUGGCAAGGCUACUGAGAGAUUCAUCUAAGGAUUGCCAGGCCAAUCUACCCAGCACCUGCACGCAAGAAACGCAGACGCAGGAAGUCGACGAGGAGUCCGGCGCUCUACUUCCAAGGAUGCCCGAUAGACGUGAGUCUGGUACCGUCACCGGCAUGGAGUUCUUCUGCGCGUCAUGUGGCGGCAGAUUUGUGACGGCCAAGCGACUGAGAGCACAUGUGAAGGUCUCGCACAAAAACAGGUGCUCCCUCUGCAGCUAUACGGCGGAUACAAAGUUCCAAGCGGAGAGACGGUGUGGCCACCAGCCGUUCGAAUCACGGAGCCAUGCCAGGGCGGCUGUUCUCGAACGGCAUGAAAAGAGGCACAGGGACAAUCGUGUGGUUUGCAUCAUAUGCGGCCGGCGCUUCAGCAGUCAAGAGAACCUUGAGGUGCACAAGAAAGUACACACCUCGGCGAAACUGUACGAGUGCGACGUGUGUGGCCAGUGCUUCAACGUCCUAUCAAACAUGAAGCGGCACCGGAACCUGCACUCUGGGACUGCUGGGCAGCACACCUGCCCCGACUGCGGCCGGGCGUUCCAUCAAAAGUCGCACCUCAGGUCGCACAUCCGGACCCACACGGGUGAGCGGCCGUUCCAGUGCAGCCAGUGCAACGAGCGCUUCACCGAAAUCGGCAGUGUCAGGAAGCACGAGCGCAUGAUGCAUGAAGGCGUCUACCCGCACUACUGUCCGUACUGUAACAAGGGUCUCGCCAACGGCUACAAGCUGAGGAUGCAUGCGGACGCGUGCUACCGUAGGCAAAUGAAGGAAGACGCGACCCAGACUACAUGAACUGUGAGGAUGAAGUGAAAGUGGUGGCGAGUGUGCAGACUGCUGGCCAUGGUGGCCUUGCGGUUCAGGUGUGCCGCUUCUCAGCACAAGACUGUGGGUCUAGCCAGCGCAACAGAGCUAUCCCAAGGUAUUUCAUGCAGCGCUAUAGUCGGUUACUACCCUAGAAAAAAAAUGUAGGCUCUGCACACAGCCAUUGCUCUCUUUUCCGCAGAAAAACCUGUAUAACUGAUCCAUCCAAUUAGUGCUUACUUAUUCUCAUGAUGUCGGGAACUUCUCGGGUAUUUCAGAUAGCUCACUUCUGUGUACAGACACAUUUGUGUCGCUGAUUUAAGGUUAGAAGCUCUAAUGUCCACCUUGACAUCGUCAGGAAUUCUGACGUCGCUUCUGAGCCAGACACAAUGGUUUAUAUAGUAACAGGGAACCUUUACCUCCUAAUAUGCAUACUAUUUACACGAGCCGAGAAGUACUUGCGGUUCAAGUGGAAACCAGAUGGCACGACUGUCUUUCGCAGGUGAAGAACAGGUGCGGUGUUUCGUGGGCAGAGCGGAAGUUUCUCUGGGGCUGUAACCAAGUAUAUCUACAUCAUGGCGUGGCGCCACCAGCACAUUCGUAGUGACCGUGGACGGCAAAACACCAUCCUUGUCGCCUCAGUGAUGAGCAGUCAGACAGUGCUCAGUCUAUAAGGGAGCCAGGUAGAAACCUUUCUCCAUUUUUAGAAAAGUGUUUCUACCUGCAGUCAUUGUUAAGUUAUAAUGUGUCAUCAGUUAAUAUGUGUCAUGUUUAGUUGUGAUGUCUGAGAGAACAUAUGAGUUUGUGGUAAACCGCGCGAGGAAGGACUAGCCAUACUUGCUGGCUGUUUAGCUUGUAGUAAUUUACGUUGUGGCAUGGGCACAGAACGGCAACAUUGUUUUGAAAAUGUGCCACAUUUUGUUAUCUGUAGCAAGGAGGUUUGGAUGCUGUAUCCACUCUUGAGAAAAUUAAGACAACGGCUCCAGCAGCUGUCUUGGUAUGGGCAUGGUAAAACGUUAGCCUUCAGCAAAGGAAAGGGGGCAUGUAGCGCAUAGACAGAAUAACCGCUGGUCAUUAA